CCAUCGGCCACUCCAUCGGCCACUCCAUCGGCCACUCCUUCGCCCGCUCCUUCGGCCGCUCCUUCGGCCGCUCCAUCGGCCGCUCCUUCGGCCAAUCCUUCGGCCGCUCCUUCGGCCACUCCAAUGACCGCUCCUUCGGCCGCUCCUUCGGCCACUCCAUCGGCCGCUCCUUCGGCCACUCCAUUGGCCGCUCCUUCGGCCACUCCAAUGACCGCUCCUUCGGCCACUCCAUCGGCCGCUCCUUCGGCCACUCCAAUGACCGCUCCAUCAGCCACUCCUUCGGCCGCUCCUUCGGCCACUCGAAUGUCCGCUCCUUCGGCCACUCCAAUGACCGCUCCAUCUGCUGCUCCUUCGGCCUCUCCUUUGGCCACUCCAAUGCCGCUUCAUCGGUCACUCCUUCGGCCACUCCUUCGGUCGCUCCUUCGCCGCUCCAUCGGCCACUCCAUCGGCCACUCCUUCAGCCGCUCCUUCGGCCACUCCUUCGGUCCCUCCUUCGGACACUCCUUCGGCCACUCCUUCGGCCACUCCAAUGACCGCUCCUUCGGACACUCCUUCGGCCACUCCUACGGCCGCUCCUUCGGCCGCUCCUUCGGCCACUCCAUCGGCCGCUCCUUUGUCCACUCCACUGACCGCUCCUUCGGCCACUCCAUCGGCCGCUCCUUCGGCCACUCCAAUGACCGCUCCUUUGGCCACUGCUUCGCCGCUCCUUCGGCCGCUCCUUCGGCCACUCCAUCGGUCACUCCUUCGGCCACUCCUUCGGCCGCUCCUUUGGCCACUCCAACGGUCACUCCUUCGGCCACUCCUUCGGUCGCUCCUUCCGCCGCUCCAUCGGCCACUCCAUCGGCCACUCCUUCAGGCGCUCCUUCGGCCACUCCUUCGUCCGCUCCUUCGGCCACUCCUUCGGCCACUCUUACGGCCGCUCCUACGUACACUCCAUCGGCCACUCCUACGGCCGCUCCUUCGGCCACUCCUUCGGCCACUCCAUCGGCCGCUCCUUCGGCCACUCCAAUGACCGCUCCCUCGGCCACUCCAUCGGCCGCUCCUUCGACCACUCCAAUGACCGCUCCAUCAGCUGCUCCUUCGGCCACUCCAAUGACCGCUCCUUCGGCCACUCCAAUGGCCACUCCUUCGGCCGCUCCUCCGGCCGCAGCUUCGGCCGCUCCAUCGGCCACUCCUUUAGCCGCUCCUUCGGCCGCUCCUUCGGCCGCUCCAUCGGCCGCUCCUUCGUCCACUCCACUGACCGCUCCUUCGGCCACUCCAUUGGCCGCACCUUCAGCCACUCCAAUGACCGCUCCUUCGGCCGCUCCAUCGGCCGCUCCUUUGGCCACUCCAAUGACCGCUCCUUUG